UUGGGGGGCUUCAGUUCUAAAUUCUUGUAAGUUACGAACUGAAGCUAAACUGAGCUGACUUUGCAGAAACCUAAAAAUAAAAAUAGAAGUGGAUUCCAUUUCCAUGGAAGGAGAGACGACGAAGCUGAGCAUAUACAAGGCCGCAAGGAGUAUAAAGCGCAAGGAUAACACCAUUUACAACGCCCUGAGGUCCAUUUACGAAGACUCCACCUUCGUGGGCGAGAUCUCCCAGCUAUGGCCGGACCUCCCUCUCGUCGCCAACCUCCGCUGUGGACUCUGGUACUUCUCCAGGUUCCACUCAACCUGUUACUUCAAGUCCACCGAUGGCCACAACAACAACUGGUCCUUCAACACCUCUCGCCUUAAUCUCCAUGUCGCUCACCUUGCUGGAGAGAAAGGAGGGUGUAUCAUAGUGGAUUCAACUCGUAAAGGGAAGAGAUUUCCGGAUAGCAUGUCGAAAACUAUACCCAUUUGGACUUGUGUUCUUAAUCGGUGUAUUCGAAAUCAUUUGAGCAAAAUGAAUGAUAUAGCUGUGUUGGAGGGGAAUUCAAGUACAUCCAGCGAAAAUGCUCAGGACAUGAAACAGGCCUCUAUUGAUUGGGAUUGUUCAUUGCACCUUCCCCUGUGGAUUUCCAAAACUGAGAGAUCUUCAAUUGAGGGUCGCUUAGAGGAAUGGACUAAACAGUUAGAAGAAAGUGGAGCUGAUAUAGCUGCCCUUGCAGGAUGCUUGAAAAAGCCGUUGCGACCUCUAUGGAUAUCGCAGAAAACUGUCAUCUGGUUGAAUGAAGUACCUGACCAUGAUUCAUGGGAUUUCACACCCAUCAUACUUGUUUCUGCCUCUUUCUCUACUGGACAUGCUCAAAUUAGAACUACCUCAGAGUAUAGCUGGAAUUAUAUAGCUGGUGCUGGAGAUGAUGAAGAAAGCUGGUCAAGGGGUCUAACACCUAACUUGUUCUGGAGACAUGUAUAUGAUCUCAUAAACUCAGGACCUGAUUCAUGUAAUCAAAAGGUAGCUGAUAUGGUCGAAAAGGAUCGAGUAUAUCGUGCACAAAGAGGACAGAAUGCUCCUCAAGUCAUUGUCAAGUCAACAAAGUUGGCAGGCAACCCAGCUAAUCUAUCACAUAAAGAAUCACAAUUUUCUUUGGAUAUCUUAAACAUUGAAGAUAAUUUGAAGUCUUGUGAUGAGGACCAGGCAAUAUUUUGGUUGGGAGAAACUAAUAUUGCCUUAGGCACACCCCAAGCUGCUGAAAAUCUAUCGAAAGUUGAUUGCAUAAUAGAUUGUAAUGAAAAAUCUGUCUCUGCCCUUCUUCAAGAUCCCGAAACAUAUUUGCAUCUUCAUAUACUGACAUCAAAGUUUGAUCGCUUUUCCUUAGUAAAGAGUCUCCCUUCCGCAGUUAAGUUUGCUAAGUUAAAUCUAAGCAAAGGGAAGAAACUUCUAAUUUGUUGUCAUAAUGGGGAGGAUAUCAGUGUAUGUGUCUGUUUGGCAAUCUUGAUAUCAUUAUUUGAUAAUGAAGGAACAUUUGAUGGUGGGAAGUUUUUCAGCCAGAAUUGCAUUACCAAAUUGGAAAUGAGGAAAAUAUUAGUUCUGAUUUGCAAAUUUGCAGUAAAUGCCCGGCCAUCAAGAGGAAAUCUCAGGCAAGUUUUCAGCGUUCUUAGUGGUAGAACAGUGGAUUCAGAUUGAGAUAUUCUCAGGAUUUUGCAUAAGUAGAUACAGAUAGAUACUCCACCACUAAAAUCAAGAGCUUUCCAUUUUUGGCACUCUUCUCUUAUUAUUGCUACCUUUUCCUUCAGUUUUGGACGGUGGGCAAACUUAAAAUAAAAUGGCCCAGCCUACUUUUUCACUUGAGAGGGCUAUUUUAUUUUAAAUUCUAAUUUGUGGGUUUUAUGUAUAGGGAAUAAACAAGAUAGGGCAGGGUUGUGUUGAGUUGAGUCGAGUCCAAUUUAAAAUCCAGCUGUUAACCAAAUGUUAUAGAUAUUUACUUUAAAUUAAGUACUUUGAUUGAUAUGAAAAUUUUGUUUUAAGUGAGCA